AUGUCUGGCUGGUGGUUUCGAACCAAUAGGUGAGAUUUUAUUCAUUAGUUAAAUUUAUAUCUCAGGGCGGUUCACAGAGACUGAGCCUGCUCACAUGCCCAUCUCAUCCACUCCCAGACUCCUCUCCUGACUCGCUACUCAUCCCCUUGGCACGAUGGGCGGGACGUACCACUGUGACCCGCCCUGCUUUGCUCAUGUUCACUGGAUGGGUGUAGGUUCAUCUGAACCAAAUGGGGUGGGGAGAGAAGACAGCGUUUCUUUCUGGAGCUAACUGAAGCCAGGAAGGUGGCUUGGGACAGACUGCACAAAUGGGCCCUCUGCAAUUCAGCUGCGUCUUUUUAGAGGUCUUCCAGAGGCACUGUUUUGCUUAUAUAAAGGUAAAGGUAAAGGGACUCCUGACCAUUAGGUCCAGUCGUGGCCAACUCUAGGGUUGUGGCACUCAUCUCGCUUUAUUGGCCAGGGAAGCCGGCGUACAGCUUCCAGGUCAUGAGGCCAGCAUGAUUAAGCUGCUUCUGGCGAACCGGAGCAGUGCACAGAAACGCCGUUUACCUUCCCGCCGGAGUGGUACCUAUUUAUCUACUUGCACUUUGACGUGCUUUCGAACUGCUAGGUUGGCAGGAGCAGGGACUGAGCAACGGGAGCUCACCCCGUCGCGGGGAUUCGAACCGCCGACCUUCUGAUCGGCAAGUCCUAGGCUCUGUGGUUUAACCCACAGCACCACCCAUGCUUAUAUAUUUGUCAACAAAACCCAAUGCCAGAAAGCGAUUGCGGUCGUCACUCAUUCCAAGGGAUCUGAAGCUGGUAGGAUUGCCACUCUCAAAUCUCACUAGCCAGGGAAGUGGAAAAGAGAUAAAACACUACAAUUUGAAGGGUGAAACUUCCCUCUUUUCCUCCCUGAUAGAAGGGGCAUUGGUGUCAUGCCUAACUUUUAAUAUUGCUGGGAAGACAAUCGAUUUGACAUGCGGUGCAAUGAACAUGAGCUCAUUUAGUGGCAUGAGUACAAGGCUUACAUAUGUCAGCAAAGAGACGGGAGGAGGAUGAAUGCAGAUAGAAAAGGCAUCAGGCCCACCAGCUGUGGCCUGAACUUUCUUCAGGAGAUUGAGACUUCUUCCUUGGCGAGCUGUAACAAGCGGCGCUUCGUAAUCAACUCCUUUGAGGACAAGCGACGAAUGAGUCAGAGCUCUGAGGUUACACAAGCCUCGCAAAGUGGGGGGGGGAGAGAGAUGGCUGCCUCCAGCAACGAGAAGAAAGCUUUCAUUUAAAACCCCAGCAGGAGUGUCUUUUGUGACUUGUUCGGUCUGUAAGAAUAAUUCGGGAGCUUUUAUCAAAAUAAAAAGAAACCGCCACACAGUUAAACAUGUUCUCUUGCUGAGUGAAAAUAAUUAAAGCCGGACCCAAAAAUAGAGCAGAAAGGCAGGGUUUGGACCAAGCAGAGGACGCCCUCACAAUGUCUCUUCAGUUUUAGUAUUAGACUCGUAAAAGAAAGGGCGGGAGUGAAAAUAGCCCUGGAAAUAUUUUUUACUUGGCCUCUUUCAAUCCUAGCGAGUGGAUUUUGGUGCUGGUUGUGCUACACACAAGUAUCUCAAGCACAAACCCUGUAGGACUUUUUCCCACACGAAUGGAGCGUAGUUUUAACCACCUAGGACCCCACUGUGACGCCUGAAGCAAAGAACAAGAUGGCGUCCCAGUUUCACAUACAGAAGCAAUGACACUGAUAGCUAAAUCUUACUUUGAUCUUGGAAAUGGUGUUGCGUUCCAUUGUACCCGAGGGCGAGGCUAGCUUAGGGGUCACAGCUCUGUCUUCCAACACCUUGUGGCAGCUCCCCAGUGCCCAUCAUCUGAUACCUGAUACAGCUGCCUCACUUUGCCUCAUGGUAGGACCGGCCCUGACUAUAAGAGCCGUGGCGCCUCUGCUGAACCCGGAGUGUGUUGCCCCAAUACACACCAAAGAAAAGAACUCUCUCAUUUGUUGGAACUGUCCUUGACACUCCAUAUGUCUCCCUUAUUAUACAGUUCAGCACAGGAUGAGGAAGCAGUUCGUUUUGCUCGCUUCGGUGUACACACACAUAUUGCAGACAUAGAGGAGACUCGGAGAUGUCCCAGUUGCAGUGAUGCUGAUCUUGGCUGGGUGGUUGGCUGCUUGACCCAAUGCAUUGCAGGCAGUUGCAGUGGGAAAGACCCUUUCACCAAGUGACUGGGCAAAAGGCAGCACUCCAGCAAGCCUCACACAUGCAUUCCUCUGCUCCUGUGCCACGCAUUGGCCCUGCAGCAUUUGUGUAAGCGGGAAGUGAGCAGGCACCAGGAGCAGCAAGGAGUGAGUUGCACCGAGGUGUUGGAGGGCAGAGCGGUGUGUGCCUGCCAUACACUUCCUAAGCUCACUUGCUGCCCUCAGGUGUGGUGGUAGAGGUUGUCUCAUCACCAGCUUUGAGACUGAAGAUUCAGUUGUCCAUCUGGUUGGCUCCUGUACAUGGAGUGAGCAGGAGAGCACUAUCUUAGGCAGAGAAAUGUUUUGGACCAGCCCCUUAAAUUGAACUAAACAUCACUGCAGCAGUGUGAGAAGAAGACAAAGGGGAGUGCAGCUCGCACAUCUCUCCAGCAAAACACAGAGGGUUUCCUAUUUAUGGCUGCCAUAUCAAAAUCUCUCCAAAGGAGUAAAGGAGGAGGAAUGGUGGGCUUUGCAAAAACAUAGCCACUGGAGUUUUGCAAAUACAAGAUAAUCCUUUAAAGCCAGGAACAAUAUUUUUGAAAUGCGAACAUCUGGCAUCCUUAGCCUCAGGAGUCUAUUUUCAAGCACAGGAUUCUUAUCAUCAUUCAUCUUUGUAAACUUUUUGGAAUCACUUCUUUUGGAUCAUGAAGGCAAAUGCUCAGCUAUGGCCAAGAAUAUUCCUAUGCAAGUAAGCAGGAGAGUUUCAGAGAUGACUCUGAAAAUACUUUCAGUUGCUCCAGCAGUUGGAAUCACUCCAGUUUCUUCAUAGCACCUGAACAAUGUAUCUGACAAUAAGGAAUGUGCAUAUUCCAAUGCCUCUGGGAUUGGGGCACCCUGAUUUUUUAAAAGGAAAUAGCAAGGACCAUUAGGUAAUAAUUUUGACUCAGUAAUAAUACUCGUAAUAAUUAUGCACAGAAUUAUGGCAUUAAAUAUUUUAAAACCAAAUCUGAAAAAACAGAGUAUGUGUUUUCGUACUGAAAACACAAGGAAAUCUGUAUCUAAAAGGUGCUAUACAAUCAAAUUACUUGUUAGUGACCUGAGGAGUUAUGACAUAAAAGGAACCCAAUUUUCUGUGAGUCCCAGUUUUCUUUCUAUAAAAUGGAUGACCUGUUUUCCCAGGGUUAGGCUCCUGCUGACUGACUUUCCAAAUCAGAGGUUGGAAUUUCCCUUAAGUUCCAAAGAACAAUUUCUAGUACUCAGUACCAUAGUAAACAAAAAACAAAAAAUAAUAUUGGGUCAGUUGGCUUGAGUCUAUUUCCCCCCUCAAACUUCCUGUAGAUUCUUUCGUACAUUGGCGGUCACAUGUCCCUCCCGUGACACCACGGCAAUGUCUGUGGAGGACUGGUUUCACAUGAUAACAUCCUUGGACCCUGUCACACCAAGUCUUCAGAAUGAGCCAGAAGUUUCUCAUGUCCCCUGUGCAGAUUUUUCUAAGAACUUGCCAAUUAGUAAAGGAGUAUUAGCCUCUCAGCUAGAUUCAGUGGCAAGCGUUCCUAAUAUUUAAAGUUCAUCAUGGCAGUGUUUAUUAUAAUUCAGCACAUUAUUCAGUCCAGUUGCAAUGGAAAAGCAGAACAUGUAAUGUUUGACGUCAUCGUUUACCCUCUUGGGAGGUGAAUUUAUUGACUAGAAAAGAAAAGAAAGAAAAAGAAAGAAAGAAAACCAGCACAGGAAUACAUACUUCAGGACAAACAAUCUACUUUGCAGAAUCCUCUAGUAUUAUCACAGCAACAGAAGGCCUUCCCACCUUGAGGUAUUUGCUUAGUUCACUGCUGGGAUUUUUUAAAUAAGGAUCACUUUGCUAUACUCUCUGAGAUUUCUUGACUGCUGGCUCUAUUACUGUUAUCUAACUCUGCCGCUGCCUGGGGGGCAUUUAGCUACCCACUUAAACUUUGGGGAAAUUAUUUUACCCAAUAUUAGUUUAUCAUUUUUUCCCCAAUAAUGGCUAUCUAGGAUGAAACGGAGGGAGCUGAGAAGAAGCCAGUGGCUGAGAUAUCCCCCACCUCCCAACAUCCCCGCGAUGCCAGGUUCAUUUCAAGAUGUAAUCAGAUUUGGAAGAAGUCCCCAAAGAGUUUUCACACGGCUGCUCAUAAUUAAAGAGGGAAUGUGA